GGACUAGCAGUGUAGAGCGGUUUUUCGCGAGGGAAGAAAAGAAGAUGGUAUUGAUCGACAGUCGUGAGUAGAACAUCGUCGCUCUAUUUCUCGUCACUUCAACAGACAAAAAGACCGCUUGCUCGUUGAUACAUAUGCUUCGUCUCGCUGAAAAAGAAGAAGAUCAAGAUUACGAAAGUCGCACGAAGAUCAGCAGAGGAACUACCGCAAAUACUUACGACGAAGACAGAGACCACAAUUCAUCUGACGUCGCACAGCUACCGAGUCAAUCGAAGAACCAUGCCACUUCGCCUGCCGCUGCUCUCCGUGAAGAUCUUGCUGGUGCAGUUCGCAGCACAGCAGCUGGACGGCAGCUAUUUCAUGCUCCACGUGGCCGCCAGGAGCAGGAUGUUGCGGCGGGAAGCAAAGCUGGUACCGGAUUCUGUUAUUGAACCUGAACAAAACAAAGAGAAAAACGGUGGCGACGAAACUGGUACGAAUAAUAAUGAACCAAACUACGUGCCAACAGAUGACUCCUCGCCGGGAAAGAGGUUUUCGUCCACAACAUCAUCCUCCUCGUCUUCUUCCUUCCUCUCGACCGCCGUUGCAGCAUCUUCGUAUCUGCCAAUCCCGAGCACCGUGAAGAUUCUGAUUCCGUCCUUUCUCCAGCUGCUUUCAUCAACUUCAUCCUUUGCAACAACGUCUGUUGCGGGCACGUCUACACCGGCGGAAAGUACUACUCCUACCAGCUCCACUGGUGACGCCUCGUCGUCUUCCACCUCCACCAGCAGCCUCCAGCUCGCCAAGACGGGUAGUACAACAACUCAGACCCCCGACAGUGGGGCGAGUGACGUGGAGAAAUCUACCGCGGCCUACAUCAACGCCGUUGGGACGCUGGAAGAGCACUACGAGGGCGAAGCACGGGAAGCCGCGAACGCGCAUCGGAUGCAGAAGGCGCUCACGGGAGAUUUGCUCGAGAACGCCAGUGCAGUGAAGAAAGCGGACGCCGAGUACCACCGGGAUUUGCACAAGGCCGCGGACCAGGCGAGACAGGUAAGUAUAGGCGUUUUUGCAUAAAGCUGCUUUCUAGGACCUGCACCUGUCGCAUCGCAAGUCGAAACAUAUUAUUGCUGAACGAAAAAAUAAAAAAACUACCAAAACACCAUUAUGACCAGCUGACGCAAGCCCUGUCCAACGACCAAGCAGCAUUUGCGGAGGCUACGAAAGCCUACUUGAGCGAGAACGACGCGGACGCUUUUUCGGACGAGGACUUUCUCGCGAGCACCGAGGGCUGGGACGAGGAGGAAAACAAAAACUCCCCGAGCACCGGCGGCGCGACAACUACUACCCCACCAGCGCCAGCGCAAGCACCAACGUCCUCGGCGUGAAUAAUGAAUGUACCUAUCGGCAGCUGCUCGGCAGUAGAUUUGGCACGAAGAUUAUGAUUGAACUGCCUGAUUCUACUAAAAUGUAACGACCAACUGUUCUUGUACCAAAUAAACUGUAAGAUUGAUACUGCAACUACCGAUAAACUGUUUGCUCCCAAAAAUGUACCUUGACAAGCUGAACUUAUCUCUGAUUCCGUUUUCAAUUUCAUUCGAAAGGAUGAUUUCUAAUCAUCCUUCCGCUUUGAAUUUCAUUCGAAAUCGCUAGUACGACGAAGGAGGAGAGGAUUCUUGGAAAAGAUUUUUCACGAUUCCGUAUAAUUGUAGCAUGUUCUCCUCCAUUCUCGGCAAGGUGUUGAAAAAGAGCAAUCAUUCGUGCCAGCAGAGAGCGACUCGUCGGAGUUCGAGGUGACGUCCGGUUGUGGAGAAGAUAAGCACUCACCUUGAGUUGGUGUAGUUGUG